AUGUCGGCAUCAUCCGAACGUACCAUAUCCGCCGCCGGAACCCAGUCGCCAGCCUCCGGCAACAACCUCUCCGGCGCCCACCAUUACAUCACCAUGAAGUUGACGAUGAAGAACUUUCUGUUCUGGAGGAUGCAACUCCUCUCCUUCCUUCGCGGCCAGGAUCUCCUAGGUUUCGUGGACGGCACUCAUCCAUGCCCACCGGCGACUGUCCCCGCCGCCUCCUCCACCGGCGACUCGACCACGACGUCUGCCGAGCCCACUCCGGUGCCAAACCCGGAGUAUCAUGCGUGGAUUAGGCAGGAUCAGACGAUCGUGUCGCUGUUGGUAUCCUCCAUGGCGGACGAUGUCCUUCACCUUGCACUUGGCCGAGAGACGUCUGCCGAGAUUUGGACCUCCGUCACCGGCGCUCUUGGAUCAUCCAGUCAAGCACGGUGCCUGACGCUGCUCAACCAGUUUCAGAUGUUGCGCCAGGGCAACUUGUCGACGGCGAACUACCUGGGCAGAGCCGGAGUCCUCGUUGAGUCCCUGAUCCAAGCUGGCCGGCUGCUCACCUUGAUGGAACAGAAUCUAUACGUUAUCCGGGGCCUCCGUCCGGACUAA